AUGGCCGACGAGCAGCCUCGUGGCAUCGACCACACUGAUUCCAUCGAUUCAAAUGAUGGCCCGAAGCAGCCGGACAAGAAGAAGAGCCGUCGCCCUGCGAAUACUGCCUUUCGACAACAGCGUCUAAAGGCCUGGCAGCCCAUCCUCACACCAAAGACUGUCCUGCCUCUCUUCUUCGCCAUCGGCAUUAUAUUCGCUCCCAUCGGCGGCGCUCUUCUAUACGCGAGCGCUCAGGUCCAAGAAAUCCGACUCGACUACACCGAUUGCAUUGAAAAAGCUCCCGCCCUCAAGGACGGCGGCGGCUUCAGGGGCAUGCCGGGCAGUGCUGUCAGCACCGCAUUCAAGAGUUCCAACACUUCAGUGAAUGCGCAGUGGGCCAAGGAGGACAACGUCACCGUUAAGCUCGACAACGGUGUCAGCGUCUCGAACCCUCGAUGCCAUCUCAAGUUUACCAUUCCAGAGGAGAUGGGCCCGCCUGUCCUCUUCUACUACCACCUCACCAACUUCUACCAGAACCAUCGCCGAUAUGUCCUCUCCUUCGAUACCGACCAGCUCAAGGGCCACAAGCGAUCUUACAGCGACAUUAAGAACUCGGACUGCACUCCCCUGUAUGGUGAGGGCAGCAAGCCUUACUAUCCCUGCGGACUGAUCGCCAACUCCAUGUUCAACGAUACUUUCUCCAGCCCUGUGCUCUCGAACCCUCCCAAGGCCAGCAGCAAUGAUACGUGGGUAUAUCAUAUGCAAAACAACACGGGGAUCUCGUGGGACAGUGACAAAGAUCUCUACGGCAAAACCUCGUACAACUACACUGACAUAGUCCCCCCCCCUAACUGGCACGAUCGCUACCCCAAUGGGUACACUGAGGACACGCCUCCUCCUAACCUCAAGGAAUGGGAGGCUUUCCAGGUCUGGAUGCGGACGGCUGGUCUUCCUACUUUCAGCAAACUGUACCAGCGCAACAACACUCAGGCUAUGUGGUCUGGGACCUACGAUCUGGUGAUUGACUACCGCUUCCCGACUCUCAAGUACAAGGGCACCAAGUCCGUCAUCAUUUCUACUCGAACCGUUAUUGGAGGACGCAAUCCUUUCCUUGGCAUUGCCUACGUUGUUGUCGGCGGUGUUUGUAUUGUUCUCGGCACCGUGUUUACAGUUACUCAUCUCAUCCGCCCCAGAAAACUUGGAGAUCACACUUAUCUCUCGUGGAAUAAUGCCCCUGGUGCAAAGUCAGGUCCUAGCACUGCCGCCGCUUCGGGUCGCGAACUCCGUCCUGGCGAAGCUUAG